AUGAAGGGUCCAAAGCCUUUGACAAUUGUGAUAAAGUUAGGGACAAGCUCGAUUGUGGACGAAAAAACACAUGAGCCUUUACUUUCAAUUUUAAGUUUGAUUGUUGAGACUGCUGUAAAGCUUCAUAAAGAUGGCCACAAAGUCGUCAUUGUAUCUUCGGGAGCUAUUGGUGUGGGUUUGAGGAGAAUGGAUAUUGAUAGACGACCAAAAUUUUUGCCGAAAGUACAGGCGUUAGCAGCUAUUGGACAGUGUCGACUCAUAAGUUUGUGGGAUAGUCUUUUUAAUCAUGUUCGACAGCCAAUUGCGCAAAUUCUUCUAACAAGAAGUGAUAUUGCUGAUAGGACACAAUACCUAAAUGCUCAAAACACUUUGAAUGAGCUACUAGAUAUGGGUGUAAUUCCCAUAGUAAACGAAAAUGACACCCUCGCCGUAGCGGAAAUCAAAUUCGGAGACAACGACACACUAUCAGCAAUCACGGCCGCAAUGGUACACGCAGACUACCUAUUUCUCAUGACGGAUGUAGACUGUCUAUAUGACAAGAACCCACGUACCAACCCCGACGCUAAAGCUAUUGAAGUCGUCGAAGAUAUCUAUGCUCUUCAAGCCGAUGUAUCCAGCGCCGGCUCCUCCCUAGGAACAGGCGGCAUGUCAACCAAGAUCGUCGCCGCCAAACUCGCUACCUCGGCGGGUGUAACAACAGUUAUAACACGCUCCUCAAACCCUGGGAACAUAGCAAACAUAGUGUCAUACAUCCAAUCCAAGAAAAGCAGUCGUUCAUCUCUUCCCUCUUCGCCAUCAUCAGGUCGUCUCGCUACUUCAGCAUCUAAAUCUGCCUCCUCGUUACAGCUUGUAGCAUCUCAAAAAUCCAUCGACGAAGCCCUUUCCAAAUCAACAGAGACUUUAGAGCUCGAAUCACCCAUAAAAGCACCACUACACACCCGCUUCAUAGCCUCCCCCCACCCAAUCCGCGACCGCUAUUUCUGGCUCCUCCAUGGUCUUGCCGCCCACGGCACAAUCUACAUCGACAGCGGCGCGCAUCGGGCCCUCGCCAACAAAGCCGGGCUGCUCCCCGUCGGCGUCGUCGACGUGGAAGGCUCCUUCGCGCAGCAGGAAGCUGUGCGGUUAGUAGUCGUAGACAGACUACCUGCAAAUCAUGUUAGUGGAAAAACAUGGGAGGGGCCGGGGGUCGAGGUGGGUAGGGCGCUGGUGAAUUAUAGUGCUGCGGAGGUGCUGAGGAUUAAAGGGGUGAGGAGUGGGGAGAUUCAGGGACUGUUGGGGUAUGCGGAUAGUGAGUAUGUUGCGUUGAGGGAGAAUAUUAGUUUUUUUGAGAGGGAGAGUAGGCCUGUUACGCCUAGUCUGGAGCUUUAA